AUGAGAAAAUUAGUCGAUGAUAAUGGAGAGUUUCAUGUGGGUGAUGAGGCUGUGAUUGAGGUUGUCGUUGCUUAUUUUCGAAAUAUGUUUUCCACUUCUAAUUCGACGUUGAUUGAUCAAGUGUUGCAAGAGUCGUAUCGGGAUAUUGUGGGCCCUUCAGUGUCGAAUAUGGUUCUUGCAAUUCUGGGAGUUGUUUCAUUUUAUGAAAAAUUCAACUCAUGUGGAAGUUUGAUGACUAUGAAACUUGAUAUGUCCAAGGCCUAUGAUAGAGUAGAGUGGGAUUUUUUGGAGGCUACUCUGAUUAGGUUCGGGUUUGAUAGAGGUUGGAUUGAUAAAAUUAUGGAUUGUGUUCGGUCGGUUUCUUUCUCUAUUUUAAUAAAUGGGAGACCUACUGAUGAUUUUGUGCCGGAAAGAGGGAUUCAACAGGGUGAUUCGUUGUCUCCAUAUCUCUUUGUUUUAUGUGCGGAGGCUACAUUAGAUGAUGUGGGGACAAUUCAAAAUAUCCUUCACAUGUAUGAGAUGUCGUCGGGGCAGAAGGUUAAUUUUGAUAAGACUACCGUCUCUUUUAGUAAGGGUGUGGUGCAAAACCGUCGAGUUGAGCUUGCCGAUAAUCUUGGAGUUCGGUUGGUAGAUGUUCAUGAUCGUUAUUUGGUGCUUUCGACUGUGGUUGGGAGGUCUAAAAAGGUGAUCACGAGGGGUGUUAAGGAGAAGCUUUGGAAGAAACUGCAAGGUUGGAAGGGGAUGGUAUUAUCUAAAGCGGGUAGGGAGGUCAUGAUUAAGGCGGUGGCCCAAUCUCUCCCUACCUACGCGAUGAGUGUGUUUAAAUUUCCAUCUUCGUUUUGUGAUGAACUCCGAUCUCUCGUAGCUCAAUUUUGGUGGGGGCAAAAACAAGGAGAAAGAAAGAUACAUUGGUUGCUUGGAAGAAAUUGUGUAGGCGGAAGGAAGGAGGGUUGGGGUUCUGGGAUUUCAAGCUUUUUAAUUGGGCUCUUUUGGGGAAGCAAGCAUGGAGACUCGUGUCUAAGCAGGGUAGCCUUAUUGAACAGAUUUUCAGAGAUUCGGAUGGUGCUAUCUCUUAGGGGCACAGCUAGUGUGGAUUUGGAGGUGAGGGAUUUAAUUGAUGCUAAUACGAAGUGCUGGGAUAGUGUGGUGGUUUCGAACAUUUUCCUACCUCUUGAGUGUGAUCGAAUUUUCAGCAUUCCUUUGAGUGAGAGGCUCCCUGAUGACUGCCUUUGUUGGGACCUUGAGAAGGACGACAAUUACUCGGUUCGGUAA